AUGUUACCCGAAACACCGAGCUCCCUCGUAAAGCCUCUUUCCCCUUCACCACCUAUGGCUGGCACCCCCUUAAAGCCUGCCUCGCCUCCUUUGCAUGCACCAAGUUCACAUGCAGCUGACACCACCAUUGAUGCAUGUCACUGUUGUGGCCCCCACCUUGGUAGCGAGCCAUCUACAAAUCCUCUGGGGCUUGAUCGUCUUGCAAAAUCUCAAACAAGUGGGCCACCACCUCCACCACCUUCAUCUGUCGAUUGUGACAGUGUCAUACUUCCGAGUGGCCAACUCUGGCAGUUUUGGCCAAAUGGCGAGUUCGAGCAGGAUCUCACUCAGCAAGAUGCAGAUGAUCCAUCGCACAGCAACUUCUUGAAUCACUGGGCCUGCCAUACAGGGGGUCGGCCUCGUAAUCAAGGCAAGGCCAAUGCGAGUGCCUGGCAUCUAGGAAAAGUUCGGCGACGACACUGUAAUGGCAUUAUCAAAUGUUCCACUCAGGGAUGCCCAUAUAUGCUUCGUCCACUUGCUGAUCCUUUGUGCAAGGUUCGGGCACAGGCACAAUCAGCACUGUGUAAGAACUGCGAUAAAAAGACUAUGUACCAUCGGCCCUGUAAUGUAACUCUGGAGCUGUGGUUCUACAAGCAUGGUGUGCAUGUUCGCAACACUGGUACUCAUAUGCACCCUCGUCUCACCCGCAAAAUACACCUCACUUAUCAUGAGACCAAUUCGAUCAACCACAUAAUUGAAGAGCACCCCACUGUGGGCCCAGCUGAGCUAGUGACUGGUCGACGUGGGCUGCAUGGUCCCCGAGAGUCCACAGCUGCAAUAUCGUCAGUGCUUGACAAUCCAUCAAGGAUUGUCUAUCAGCAAAAGUUGUACAAAAAGUCAUUCGCUCGCCCUUUUCAAGUUGAAUGGGUUGAGUUUCAGAACGAACAUCCAGGCUUUAUCAUCAAUGAAACCGCUCAGCUGAGUUCUGUUUCUGUGGUCUCAGGUCAAACUCGUUUUAUGCGCUCGCAGCUUGCAAAUACCGAGGACCGACAGGGUGGAAUCGUGUCUGAUGCUUCCUAUAGCUAUUGGGGUGAUCGUGACAGCAUUCUCAUAACAAGUUCUGUCUAUUGCAAGAAACUCUCAGAAUGGAUACCUGCUCUUGUUUCAUAUGCGAAUGGUGCAACAGCAGAACACUAUCGAAUACAUUUUCUUGCUCUUUUUCACACUCUAAGCAUUGGCCUUCGUGAAACUGGUGUGCAGAUUCAGGACCACUUGAUGGCAAAUGUCGUUGAUUUUAGUCAAGCUGAACGGAAUGGGUUUAUCGGUGCUUUUAUCCAGUUUUGGCAAGAUCAAGAGGAAGACAUUCGCACAGUUAACGAGCUUGAAACGGCAGCCCGGUCCCUACUUAAAGGAUGCCAACAGCACUUCCGAGCUUCUGUUCAGCGAGUUCGCAAAAUUACUAGUGCAGUUCCAUAUCCUCUAGGCCAGCCGUUCGAAGAGCGUGCCAAUUUCUUGCUACAUGCUGGUACUGUUGAGGAUUUUGAAGCUAUCGCUGAGGGUAUUCUGAACGACUUUCCUGGGAUUGAACCUUGGCUUAGCUGGUGGCGACAUCCGGAUCGUGUCCAAAUGCUUUUUCGCAGUCACACCCACAUUCCUGAUGAUCUAUGGGAUAGCCUCCCUAGUACCACCAAUGCUCAAGAGGCCAUGCAUCAUAAGAUUUAUUCUCACUGUGGCAAGAAACACGAUUUUAUUCCUGGAUGGCGUGCACUGCGUGGCUUCGUGUCAAAGAUGGAGCACCGUGCAGCAGCCGAGUCAACUCAAGGUGGAGUUAUGACGAGGUACAAACCUCUUCAUCAGUACAAAAAUAACCAGGAACAAUAUGGUCGCGCCAAACCAGGACGUGAUCCUCUGCAGAAAAUCUCGCACUCUGAACCUGAUCGGGCUGACUAUGCUCCACCUGACACUGCAGAAGAUCUUGAGGCCAAAGCCAGCCAGUCUCCUUUGCCUGAAAGCAAGACUACCGCACCAAUACCUAAGUCAAAACAGCCACAGGAGAGCAAGGAACGGCUACCCUCAUUUUCAUGGAUCGAUAACUCAUGCUGGGUUGAUACCACACUCGAGCUUAGUUCCUGUGGUAUUUAUCUUGGAGAUUAUAACACUGAUUUUCAGCCUCGAAUCAGUGCUGAAAACCUCGGAGCUGAGGAUCCUAUGCAGAUCUUGGCCAAUGCCAUACAUAUACGAAGCACAUUAAGCGAUUCAUCACCACUUUCUGAAAAGAUACAAAUACUGUCUGAGCAGCGAAACACCCUUCGUCGAGAAUUGAUGGACCUUGGCAUCAUAGAGUCACUAAAUGGCUUUGGCACUCUGUUUGGUUGGCUGGAAUCCUUGCUAGGCUAUCCUCGAGGACGAGAGCCCACUUUCCUACAUGCAUAUUUCCAGGCUCACUCAUUGCUUAUUCGCUCAUGCACCGGUCACUCUGGGAAUACUCUGGAUCUUCUUCGGUCAAAGCACUGGCAGAUACCAGUGCUUCCCCGGCUGUCGUUCCUCUACCAACUUGAUCGUUCCCUGGCUGUAAAAUUCAAUGGAGACAUCAAAUCAUGGUUUAUUGACAGAUUUUCAAAGCCUGUGGCAAAACCUUUGACAUGCUGCUGGUGCCAGUCAAGGUCCGAUGGUACUGCAAUUGACCAUGCAGGAUGUCAGGGACAGGCCACAUUGCAAGAGAUAUAUGUUCACAUUCCUGUCCUCCUUGUGAUCGAGUUAGUUGAUUCAACCCAUGAAGCUGCUUUAUACCCUGGAUCUCCACAGUGGAGUUGUCCUCCGACACUUAGACCUCUAUCCAAGCAGGCAGAGCAAGAUCACCACCUGGUAUAUCGCCUGUGUGGCCGGGUGUUUUCUUCAGGCAACCACUUUACUGGGCGAGGUCUUACACCAGGUGGACAAGUAUAUCGCUAUGAUGGCAAGGAUCGGGGCUCAGCAUUUGUUAUCUCACAGUCGUCUAUCAAGAAGCAUCUUUCUGGCACAGAUACCAACCUGAAAAUUUCAAAGUCUACUCGUACUUGUGCACUGUUCUACCGUCUUGAAGGAGGCACGUUGGCUCAGCGAUACUAUGCCAGGCACCAAACUGCGAUACUACAAGAUCAGUAUGGAGUCAGGUCAGAUAUUCCAUCAGCAGUGCUCAAUGAUGCUCAGGAUUCUAUUCCUCGGCCAUGGAGCAUGUCUACUAGUCAUGGCACACAAAUUCCUGGCAGUCAAAUUUUUUGGUCUCACCAGGCGGGGUCAAGUUUGGAAUACUACUGUUCGGCCAAACCUCUUAGUGAACCUGUGACUCCCGCUCGAACCAAAAAACAAAAAAAGCUCCAACCUGUUACUGGAAUUUUUAGUACCUCAGGUCUUCCCCGCCAUGACAAGCACACCAUGCGAGUGGAUUCGCCUGCUUCUGCAACGGGACAGGAUUUACAAGGUGACCUACCUUUAGCAAUGCCGCUACUCCAGUCAGCACCAGUUCUUGAGGCAGCACCAACAACUCCACAGGUGGAAGAUGCAGUUCAUACCAAUCCUUUUGCCGAGGCAUACCAUAGUCCGCCACAAUCUGCCCCUUUUCCUAUUGCAUGUCGCUGUGGGCUUGAGGGUAAUGGGCAUAAGCUAAAUGUGAACGAGCCUGUUGUCCUUUGUGACUCAUGCCAUAAUUGGUCUCACCUUGCAUGUCAACACGAUGGCUGGAUUAGUGAUCUUGGGCCCCGUGCAUCAUUUGAGUGUGACGGUUGUUCUGCUUCAGAGAUCAAACAUCUUCUUGGUGCUCGCAUAUGUAGACCAAAGCGAGCAGUACGGGCCAAGCAAGACUUGGUUUCUCGUCUCAAGCCUGGCAAAGGUGGUUUGGCCCGCUGGGGAAAAUACUGGUAUCCUUGGUGGCGGGGUAACAUUUUCAAACCUACUCGACCAGUCCAAGAACUAGAGGCAACGGUUGCUCAGGGAGAUCUUGUGGAUAGCCUGUGGGGUGAAGCUAAAGCCCGAAGACAGAUACGGCUGGGCCGAUGGCAGCAUUCCUGGGAUAUUGACCUCAAGAACGAUGAAAACACUCUUGGUGACUUCUUGGACAGGCAAUACCAACCAGAGGAAUCCAUUUCUCAAGCACUAUGGCCCUAUGCAAAGGAUCUGGCCCAGAUGGUCAGUGAAUGCAAAUAUCCCAUUGAGUUUCUACACCUGCCUGCGGCAAGGUGGGUAUUCGAGCAUCCAGACGAUGUUCCUCCAGUCCACGGGGGAACCUUUUCGGCGAGCAUGGCAGCCCAGGUUGCGAACUGGAUCUUUAGCAGCAUACCUGGCGCAGAUGUUGAUCACCAAGAUUGGUUCAACGGGUGGCCGCAUAGCCAUGCAUCCGCAAUUGUCUAUGCUUCACUGCAUGACAGGAGUCUCCGUGAAGACGCAGAGUUUCCCCAUCAUGCAGCACCCGAGGUCCAGCAACAGUGGCUCUGGUUUGUAUCAUGGAACCAGCUGUUUCGAGCCCGUCAGAUCGAACUUACUGCAAGUCUGCGGACCAAAGACGUCGACCACGAAAGUCUUGAUAUCCUGGAGGAACGUAUGCAAUGA